ACAGGGCGGGCGAGCGAGGCCCGCUUCCCCUUCCGGCUGGUGCCUGCCUUGGCCGCCGGCUCCUGUCAGGAUGGGAGUCGGGAGAGAGGAGCUGCGGAGCCUGCUCUUGGCAACAGUAGCUGCUGGCCUUAUAUUUGCUGUAGAUGCAUCUUUUGUGGAAGAUUUAGAUGACUCGUUUAAAGAGAAUAGAAAAGAUGACAUUUGGCUUGUAGAUUUUUAUGCACCAUGGUGUGGCCAUUGCAAGAAACUAGAGCCAGUGUGGAAUGAAGUUGGCAAAGAAAUGGGAAGCAUCGGUUCUCCAGUAAAAGUUGGGAAGAUGGAUGCAACUUCCUAUUCUAGUAUUGCCUCUGAAUUUGGAGUUCGAGGCUAUCCAACAAUUAAGCUGUUAAAGGGUGACUUGGCAUAUAACUACAGAGGACCCAGGACCAAAGAUGAUAUUAUCGAGUUUGCAAACAGAGUAGCAGGACCUAUUAUCCGACCCCUCCCUAGCCAGCAGAUGUUUGAGCAUGUGCAAAAGAGACAUCGUGUAUUUUUUCUGUACGUUGGUGGGGAAUCUCCAUUAAAGGAAAAAUACAUAGAAGUUGCUUCCGAACUAAUUGUUUAUACAUACUUUUUUUCUGCAUCAGAAGAGAUACUACCUGAGCAUGUGACACUCCCAGAGAUGCCAGCUGUUCUGGUCUUCAAAGAUGGAACUUAUUUUGUAUAUGAUGAAUAUGAAGAUGGUGAUUUGUCAUCUUGGAUAAACAGAGAGAGAUAUCAGGGGUACCUUACUGUAGAUGGAUUUACACUUUAUGAACUUGGAGACACAGGAAAACUAGUAGCUGUUGCAAUUAUUGAUGAUAAAAAUAUUUCUGCUGAGCAUACAAGGUUGAAGUCUAUUGUUCAGGAUGUUGCUAAAAAUUAUAGAGAUCACUUCCACAGGAACUUCCAGUUUGGUCACAUGGAUGGAAAUGAAUACAUUAAUAGUUUACUAAUGGAUGAUGUGAAAAUCCCCACUAUUGUUGUACUGAACACAUCCAAUCAACAGUAUUUCCUACCCCAUAAACCUAUUGAGAACACUGAGGAUAUGGUCCAGUUCAUUAAUGAGAUCUUGGAAGGCACUGCAGAAGCACAGGGAGGAGAUGGAAUUCUUCAACGAAUUAAGAGAAUAAUUUAUGAUGCCAAGUCUACUAUAGGAUCUGUUUUCAGGACUUCCCCCCUUCUGGGCUGCUUUCUGUUUGGUCUACCACUGGGUGUCAUCAGCAUCAUGUGUUACGGGAUUUGCACUGCUGACCCUGAGGGAGGAUCAGAUGAAGUAGAAAGAUCUAAGAAGGAUACUACAGGUAGGGAUCUGACUGAUGAAGACACUGAAGAAGAACAAGAGGAGGAAAACAACGAAAGCCUGGUAGAACUUCCAGAUGGAGAACAAGAACAGAAAAGCAUAUUAGAAAAGAAAAAAGACUAAAUUGCUUAAUUAAAAAGUUGUUUUCUGUAGAACUUCCAAAUAGAGACUUAUUUAUUGAAUUCAGUUAUUUACCUGUGACCUUCAGAGAUGAGGACCAUUUUGCCUGAUUUACAUGCAUGCAUUCAAAUUGCUUGGCUGUGAAGAGGAAUGGGUGAGAAUCUGGAUUUUGAAGUCUUAUACAAGCUUUUUACUGCUGGAAAACACAUUAGAUUUGUGGGUUAUUUUACAUGGAUGCAGACUGCAGUUGGAUGAAGAAAAUGUGUGUGUGGGGGUGGGGUUUGGUCUUAUCUCCAGUCUCGUGUUUUUAACAAUGUGGCAAAAUAAAUGCAACUUUAUUCUUGUUAAUACACAGGGUUGUUUUCAGCCUGGAGUGAAAUAUUACUGAGCGUUAGAAACAGUUAACGGGUAACAUGCCUUUGGGAAGUUUCAUAAGUGUAUUUUUAUUUUAGUUAGUAUAGUUUCUGAAAAGUUAUACCUUCUUGAAUUUUGGAUUUUAAAAGAAAAAGUCUAAAUUUAAUGUUAUAAAAGUCUUAAGGCAGAACUAAAGACAAGUAUUGCAGACCCCCUAGAAUUCCUUUGUAAAGUAAGUCCAGUAAUAUUUAUUUAUUUGAUGCAUGAUUUAGGGGUUCAUUUGAUAAUUGCAUUAUUCUGUUCCAUUAUUAAAGAUUUACUUCUGUAUUUAACAUACAAAAAAAAAUUCCUUCCUUCUAAAGGAUAUUUCCCCAAUCUUAAUUACUUGACAAAUCUGGGCCCUCCAUUUGUCUAUGGUAACAUUAAUAGAAUCAUUUAUGUGUGUAGUGCACAAUUCAUGAUAAACUUUUCUUUAAUAUGCCAAAAUAUUUUUCAAGCAGGUUAAAUAAUUUUGCUACCACUUUAGUUUCUUCAGUUGGAAAAUACUUAUUUGAACAAACAUUUCAUUGGCUUGUUAAACAUAGACAUGUGCAUCUGAUAUCUGUGUUGACUACAUGGUGAUUGGGGAGGGCAAGUUAAUUAUCUGUAGCAUUGUUGGCAUUAAUAGAACUGGGGUGUACACUGGUGUAAUCCAUUUUCAUUAGCUGUUUAAUCAUAUAAGUCAUCUCUAAUACUGCCCCAUGACAUUGAAAGGGUCUAAACUCACUCCAGAGUUAAGAUCUCAAGGGAUAAGCUGUAAGAUGAUGUGUGGAGUAUUGAUGCCAUGAUGAUUACCAUAGCAACCAAGCCUACACUGCUCAUUUUCAGGAUUAAGGCUAUGUCACAUUCAGUUUGAAAACUGAAAAAUACAAGAUUCUAAGCCUGUGGGUCAUGGUAUAAGUAUUCUCUCUCUCUCUCUCUCUCGCUCGCUCGCUCGCUCGCAAAUAAAUUUUCAGCUUGACUUAAAGAAGGUUAAGGGAUUGUUGCAUACACAUAUUGCAUUCUAUGGAGAGACACAAAUCUGACUCUGUAAAACAAAACCACUUUCUAACACUAUCUUUCUAACAACUCUUUGUCUUAGAAUGAUUUUUGGAAGGAAACUAACACAAUUAUUUUAAAAACAUGGAAAUCUUCCUCCUUGGUAAAAGUGAAUAUUGCACUUUUCAAAAAUGAUACUAUGAGGAAUCUAGUGUCUGAAAUUACUCAAAAACUAUCGUAUUUCAUGUGCAGUUCACAGAAAUCAUCUAACUGAUAUAUACAGAAAGUUUAGGUUUGUUUGUUUUUUAAUAUAAGGCAAGUUAUAAAUAUUGAAAGGAUCUUUUACAAACUCUUUGUUCCCAGAGUGAGACACCAGAGUUGGAACAGUUGUGUCCUGCUUUUUAGUUUUUUCACAGAAUAUAGGUUUUUUUUUCCAUUAGCUGCCAAACUGUUCUAAAAACUCCAAAGCAUAAAAACAGCAAUUUAGCAUGUGCUGCUUCAAACCUGGGUUCUUGGAAGAGUGUUGGUUUUCCUCAGAAUAAUAGAAAUAACAUGUCAUAUUAGGUUGACGUUACAUAUUACAUGCGGAAAGAGGUUUAAUGAAUGUCAAGGAAAGAAAUUGAACCCAUUUCACAUGCCGCCUUAAUUAUAUUUGCUCCUUUAGCUGCAAAUAGCAUCAAUUUGCUCCAGUUUUUCCGGUGCUGGGUUUGAGAGUGUGUGCUUUCUUAAGAGAACCGAUUCUGCUAGCAUCUAUUUCCAUUAUAUAAUAUUAAGAUUUUGAGUAAUUCAGAUGGUAACACUGAAAAGACACAUGUGUUUACCAUUCUGCUUAUGAAAUGUUAAAGCCCCUGGUGUUUACCAAACUGUAAUUUACUGCUAUUUCAUUCCAGCUUCACAACAGUGCAGUUAAAUGAUAAUGAAGAGUUCGUGGUAUAAAACAAAAUGACUAUUUUUGAUCAUGUAAAGAGCGUCACACAGAGUGACAUCUAUUUUAACUUGAAUUGGAAGUGCUCUAAGAAUGUAAGCUUUAUUUUACCUUGUUGGGUUUAUCAACUGUAAUUUUUUUCUACAAUAAUAAAAUAUUUAAAACACA